AUAACGCUCUUAACGGUAAACAGCACUACUACUUAGCUGUAAAUAAAUAGAUAGAGAAAUAUAGAGGGCAGAAGAGAUAAGUGAUGGCAUCUUCUUCAAUCAGCUUAACCUAUGGAAACUUCUUCUGUAGAUUGAACUGUAAUAAGCGACCAAUUAUAUCAAAUUAUAUCAAGAAUUCACAUAUAACAGGUUUUUUCUCCGACCAAAAUGGCCACCAUUUGAGGCUUAAGCAACACUUUCCCAUAGCAGCAGCUUCUGAUGGUCUUCCCUCUGAGAUCACUGAUGAAGAUUCUAAGUUUGUUUCUGUAAAUCCUGAGUAUCCAAAAUACGGUCCACCUGCUUUGUUGUUGCUGGGAUUUGAAGUGGACGAGGCAGCAAAGAUACAGCAACUUCUGAAGGAGAUGGAUGGUGAAUUCCUCCAGGUCAUUUUUUGUACUGAAGACAUGAUUUCUCGCUCACUUUGGGAAGCAAUGAAUACAAAACAGCCCAAUUUGGAUGCUUCAAAGAUCGCUAAACAGCUUCCACGAAUUUGCUUCCUGUCUGGCCUUACGGGAGAGGAGAUGAUGAUGUUUAUUGACGCAUUCGAAGAAAGUGGGCUUGAAGAUCCCGUAUUUGCUGCUCUAGUUGAAAACAGCGCGGACAAGCCAUUACAAGAGUUAAUUGAUGAGAUUAUGGGAGAUCAUGAACUACUUUCUGCAAGAAAUUCGAGCUAGACGACAGGUCUGGCAGCUGAGGGAAAAAGUUCUACAAAUUUGGUUUUAUCUUUAGUCUGUAGACGAUUUUGAUUUUACUUAAGUUGUUGAAGUUAACUUUCAUUAAGGGCAAUUCAGGCUUAAGUUAGUAUGGUUUUUCAUUUAAAACCCAUAUUAAGUUUCGCGAGAAGUUAUGUUAUGUGAGAUAGAAUGUCUUAUAAGAAUCAUGUGUUUAGAGAUACGUGGUAAAAGUAUUGUAAAGACAAAAAUGCCUGCAAAGUAAGUAAACCAUUCGUAACAAUUCCUUCAUUAUUAA